AUGAGCAACUACGCUAGAAAUAAUAAUCGACGAAGCCAUACAAAAUCUCGCACUGGCUGUUUAACGUGCAAGCGGCGUCACAUUAGAUGCGACGAGAGCUACCCCCAAUGCUCAUACAAUACCCCUAGUCAAAACUGCACCAAGCACAAAGUCAAGUGCGCAUUUCAAGACGCACCAUCGCACGAAGAAACGCUUCUCCAGACAUCACCGAUCGAUAAUAAAUUACAACCAUCUUCGACGACCAAAUCCCGUAGGCCUUGGUCGGCAAAAGCCAGAGCGGAAGUGAGGCAGUGGAGAAGAACAGGAUCCAUGCCAAUCCCGGAUGCACGCAUAAGGAUAACCCUGCAGCCUACCAUCUAUUCCGAGGAUGAUCUGUGCUUUGUCUACCAGGCUGCGAGCAACCAACAUAGACUCACAGCAAUGGGCGUUAGCAAGCUUACGGUUAUAUCUUCUUACUUGCCAAGCUUCUUUCGAAUCAUUACCAGCUCUCGAUUAGCCAUGAACGGAGUCCUUGCUCUAUCAGCAUACCAAGUCGCAUCGGUUACACACUGUCAACACGCCCGCCGAAAAGAGUAUCAAUACCAGAUGCUGGCUAUACAGGAUCUAAGGAAGUGUCUUGCCAACUUUAGCCCCGAGCACGCAGACGGAGCACUCGUUGCUUCACUGUCGCUUCUAUGGCUCUGUGAGGAUAUGUGGGUAGACCGUCUCUUUGAAAAACAAGGACACAGAUCAGGAUUCUACCUCAUGCUUGCCAAAGCUUGGCAACCAGCUGCUGACCGAUGCACGACUCCGAUAUCUGAGAUUGAAAAAUCUUUGAUGUUGCAAGACUUGAUCAUCGAGAUGUACAGGUUCCAAAAUCUUCUCAAAGAACAGGAUCCUGAAGACGACACGUGGAGGAAAUUACGAAUGCUCAUCGCCCUAGCUCAGGAUUUGGCAAAGCUUGACCCUUCAUCAUCAGCCGACAAACAAUUUGAACGCGUUCGGAUGCUACGAGACUACCAACUGUGGCUUCCGCUCAAUGACUUGUUAUCGGGGAGGAAUCUUUCAAACACGCUCAUGGUCAACGGCUACCUAUACACGCUAGCUCUUUACGCUCAGCGACACACGUCACAGGCUCACAUGAUCGAUUCGACAAUUGACAUGCGGGAACUGUUGCAAAAUACAUUACGGCAGGUCAGGCCUAGCGAGUCAUAUGUCGAGCCUCUCAACAAUCUGAAGGCUCUUGCAGUUUCCAUGUAG